GGAGGAGAAGAGGGGGCGCCCCCUCCCCCCACGGAUGCGCUUAAAAGGCGGUGGCGGUGGCGGCAGCUCCCGGCGCCCGGGCUCACCUCGGCCAUGAGCAGCGCAGCCGGCCCAGACCCGUCGGAGGCGCCCGAAGAGCGGCAUUUCCUCAGGGCCUUGGAGCUGCAGCCCCCACUUGCCAACAUGGGAAGAGCUGAGCUUAGCUCAAAUGCUACCACCUCCCUUGUCCAGAGGAGGAAACGGGCCUGGGGAAGGCAGUCAUGGCUAGAGCAGAUUUGGAACGCAGGGCCUGUUUGCCAGAGCACCGCGGAGGCAGCCGCCCUGGAGCGGGAGCUGCUGGAGGAUUAUCGCUUUGGGCGGCAGCAGCUCGUGGAGCUGUGCGGUCAUGCUAGUGCCGUGGCUGUGACCAAGGCGUUCCCGUUGCCCGCUCUCUCCCGGAAGCAGAGGACGGUGCUGGUCGUGUGCGGCCCGGAGCAGAACGGGGCAGUGGGGCUGGUCUGUGCCCGGCACCUGCGAGUGUUUGAGUACGAACCCACCAUCUUCUACCCCACACGCUCACUGGACCUGCUGCAUCGGGACCUGACCACCCAGUGCGAGAAGAUGGACAUCCCCUUCCUGAGCUACCUGCCCACUGAGGUGCAGCUCAUUAAUGAAGCCUAUGGGCUGGUGGUGGACGCCGUGCUGGGCCCCGGCGUGGAGCCGGGCGAGGUCGGGGGCCCCUGCACCCGCGCGCUGGCCACGCUCAAGCUGCUGUCCAUCCCCCUCGUGAGCCUGGACAUCCCCUCAGGCUGGGACGCAGAGACCGGCAGCGAUUCGGAGGACGGGCUGCGGCCUGACGUGCUGGUGUCUCUCGCGGCGCCCAAGCGCUGCGCCGGCCGCUUCUCCGGGCGCCACCACUUCGUGGCCGGCAGGUUCGUGCCCGAUGACGUGCGCCGCAAGUUCGCUCUGCGCCUGCCGGGAUACACGGGCACCGACUGCGUCGCGGCACUGUGACCGCCACCCGAGCCCACACCGCAGGGACCCUCGCCAAUAAACAGCCCUCCCACCAC